CGGCGGAGGGGCCGAGAGCUGGCGGCGGCGGCGGUGGUCGUGAAGGGCAUCGGUGGCGGUGAUGGAGAGGAUCUGAAGAUGGAAAGAGCCAGGCGAAGGGGAGGCGGCGGCGGCGGCGGCGGCGGCAGCGGCGGCGGCGGCGGCCGUGGCCGCGGAGGCAAGAAUGUGGGGGGCUCUGGCCUAAGCAAGAGUAGACUCUAUCCCCAGGCCCAGCACUCUCACUACCCCCACUACUCCGCGUCAGCCACCCCUAAUCAGGCUGGGGGCGCGUCCGAAAUCCAGGAGCUGGCCUCCAAGCGAGUGGACAUCCAGAAAAAGAGGUUUUACCUAGACGUGAAGCAAAGCUCCCGGGGCCGCUUCCUAAAGAUCGCUGAAGUCUGGAUAGGGAGAGGCCGGCAGGACAAUAUCAGAAAGAGUAAACUGACCCUCUCCCUGUCGGUGGCAGCAGAACUGAAGGACUGUCUAGGCGAUUUCAUCGAACACUAUGCCCACCUGGGCCUGAAAGGCCACAGGCAAGAGCAUGGCCCGAGCAAAGAGCAAGUCUCCAGGAGGCGGCAGAAGCACCCAGCACCCUCCCCACCAGCGUCAGUGGGGUCAGAAGAGCAUCCUCACAGUGUCCUCAAAACAGACUAUAUAGAGAGGGACAAUAGAAAAUACUACCUAGACCUGAAGGAGAAUCAGCGAGGUCGCUUCCUAAGGAUUAGACAAACCAUGAUGCGGGGCACUGGCAUGAUAGGUUAUUUUGGCCACAGUUUGGGCCAGGAACAGACUAUUGUCCUCCCAGCACAAGGAAUGAUUGAGUUCCGUGAUGCCUUGGUUCAGCUGAUUGAAGACUACGGCGAAGGCGAUAUAGAAGAGCGAAGAUGUGGAGACGAGGAGCCCCUUGAACUCCCAGAGGGGACCUCUUUCAGAGUGGACAAUAAAAGGUUCUACUUUGAUGUGGGCUCUAAUAAAUAUGGAAUUUUCCUGAAGGUAAGUGAGGUGAGGCCACCUUACCGUAAUACUAUUACUGUUCCGUUCAAAGCUUGGACAAGGUUUGGGGAGAAUUUUAUCAAGUAUGAAGAAGAGAUGAGGAAAAUUUGCAACAGCCAUAAAGAAAAGAGAAUGGAUGGCAGAAGGGCCAGUGGUGAAGAACAAGAAUGCCUGGACUAGCAGGAAAUUGAACUCCAUCAGGCAAAAUUUAAAAAUCAUUAAUUGGCUAAAAGUACUGAUCCAUAAUCAUUUGAAGAAGUUUUUCCUCCUUUUGGGCCCUUUGUUAUUAGUAAUACCUCUAAUAGUUUAUACUUCAAGGAGUCUGAUUCUCAUGUUAUGUUAUGCAUAGAUCACUAGAAUUCUCAUGGGAAUUCUAACCUCCCCAGAGCUAAAUAGUUGAGCUGUUUCAGCGGCUCCAGACGAUUGAAGUAUGCAGAUCAGCACAAAGUGUGACAUUCUGACCUUUAAACACCCUCACUAAGAUUUACAUUGCACUAUGACAUAAUCCUGAAAACGAUGCAUCUACUUAAUAUGAAAAGUAUGAAUUUCUGUUUAGCAAAUUCCCCCCCCCCCAAAGAAAGUCCCAUUCAUACUCCAUUAAAAGUUGCCAAGUUGACCUGUAGGACAGUUACCACAGAAAUAGAAAUUGACCUCAAAUAGAGUAUAUUUCUUUAUGAAAGUACGAGUAGGAAUAUAUUGUUCAUUGGAUAACCGAAUAUUAACUAGUACCACUCUAAAAGAGCAAAUAUCGUUAGAUAAUUAAACCUUUAAAAAUACAGUAUUAUAUUUCUAACAGUUACUAUAUAUAGUGUUCUAUAAUUUCAAAUUUUGUGGUAACCCUACAGUUUUCGUUGCCGUAUCAAAGCCAUGGAAGAGUUUUAAUUGAUUAUUCUGUUUCCUCUAGUACAUAUUUUAUUGACUUCCCAGAGUUUUGGGGAUUACAUUUCUGUCACUGUUGAGAGGGAGGCUUCACCCAGGGGCUUUGCUAUGGAGAUUUUGAUGUUUUAGCCUUUCACGGUAAUUUGCGAUCGUUUUUCCUUGAAAUCUGUCAUGGACUUUCAAAGUGUUGUAUUUUACGCUUCCCCUUUCAUGUGUUUGAUAGGGCUGGCGCACCAGUUGACUGAUGUAAAAAUACUAAUACAUUUUAGUAGCACUUUAGCAUUUGCUGCCCUUAAAACCGUGUCAAACUUCCAAUAUAAACCUGAUAUUGAUACAGAUGCUUUAAGUCCAGAAGAAAAAAACUUUUUUUUUUUUUCCUGUGAAGAAAAAAACAAAACAUUUAGAAUACAAAAUCCAGUCUGGGAAAUACAGUAUUUGGGAACAAGAUUGAUUAUAAACAUUUAAAAGGGAAAUUCAGGCAAUUUUCAAGGUGCUCCUUAACAAUUCUUAAAGAGGUUUACUCUAUACAAGACGUAUCUAUUUGCCUGUAUUAAAAAUCACUUUCCAGAAAGUGCCACCUGAACUUUUAAACACUCAAGCAAUUUUUAAACAAGUGGGUAUAGAAUAUACAUGUACCAACACCCCUUAUUAGCUGACUGAAAUUUCAUCUGUUGGGAUACAUUUUCUUCUAAAGGAAAUUGUGUUUUGUCCUGGGAUCAGUUACUGCCCCACAGUAAGUCCAUAAAGUCAUGUUUAAGAGACAGACACUGAUUUCAACUCCCCAAACACAGUUCUCAUUGGUGAGAGCUAGCUGCGAGGAUUGAGGUCAGAAUGUGGCUCUUUGACAUGCUGUAAGUAAUUCAGAAUUCAUUUGUAACAGUUUUCCCUCCAGAACUCUUCCCCAAACACGUUACACUUAGGUCACUAAGGAAACUAUGGAAUGAAUUAAGAAAACGGAUUUCAUUGGUUUAUGUUACUUAAGAACAAGCAGCUAGUAACCCAGACAUACAGGGUGGUGUUGGUUGCAGAUUUUAUUACACGUUUCUCGAAGUACUAUGAUGGAAUCUCACUCAGUUCAUUGUCAUUGUGAACCAUCUGGAUCACUAUGGGACAACUGAAGGUUAGAAGAUAAUGUUAGUACUGAAGUUCAUAGCACAUGGUGGGUGUUGAGACUAUAAAAGUAGCCAGGAUUCUUCCGCAGUCCUAACUGUAAAAUAACGUAACGACGUAGGCUUGCUAAAAAGUAGUUUUGGGUAUAUGAAGGAGUGGUGUGCACUUGAAUUACUGUACUACUGAUUGUUAUUGCUGCCCAUCAUAGUGCCUAUUAAUAAUAAUCAACCUGUCAGAUUUCGGCGAACUGGAGCUGUGAAUGUUCCAUUAUUCAAUUGUUCCUAUCACUAUUGCUGUGAGUGUAUGCUCUUUCUGAAAAUCUUAUCUUCCUUUUUAAAAUAUUUAUAUCCAUUAGGACUGGCUGAUUUCUUU